AUGUUGCUAAGGAGAAAAUUCGUAAUAAAAAGUGCUAUUGUACGAAAUGUUCUCGCGGAAUUUUACGCAACAGCUGUGCUAAGAUUCAUUGGAACUGGUGUUAUGGCUCAAUACGUAUUAAGUCGUGGCACUUUUAAUAGUCCAAUACAGGUUCAGAUUGGAUGGGGUUUCGCUAUUUUGUUUGGUGUGUAUGCAGGCUGGAGUGGACAUGUCAAUCCAGCGGUAACAGCAGUUUUCUGGUUACUUAAUAAAAUUUCCUUAUUGCAAUCUGUUCUUUACGUGAUAGCUCAAAUACUUGAAGCGAUAAAUGAUUUCGAUGGUGGAAGUCGCAAAUUGGUUGGUGUUAAUGGAACAGGCAUUAUAUUCGCUUCGUUUCCUGCUCCAUAUCUCUCCAAUGUCGGCGGAGAUUUCAUAUUUAAGAUGGCUGGUACUGGUAUUCUUGGACUUUUCGUCGCAUACUAUGGAGACUCACGGAACCAAGUUCCAUUAUAUCUAUUGCCUCCAUUAUUUUUUGCUUUAUGUGUGGCAAUUGGAGUUAGUUAUGGGAUGAAUGCAGGUUCUGCUAUUAAUCCAGCUUCUGAUUUUGGAGCUCGCUUGUUUGCUUUUUUUGCAGGAUAUGGCACAGAGAUAUUCACACACAAUAAUUUUUACUUUCUUGUUCCGUUAAUAGCUCCAAUCUUUGGUGCUUUGAUUGCUGCAGAAUCUUACAAUAUUUUUAUUGGUCGUCAUAUGCCAGGAAAUUGUGGUGAACCUGUUUCAUGCAGUUAA